UUUUUUUGUUUUUUUUUUGGGGCUAUGCUCCAGGCAUCCCUUGUUCCUCGGAGAUUCGAACCCAAAAAAAAAAAAAAUAAAAAAAAAAUAAUAAUAAUAAUAAAAUAAUUUUAAUUUUUCGUUAUUUUUCGUAAAUGAAAAUUUUAAUUUUGCAUUGGUGGGAAAUUUGCCGUCAUCAUUUUUGACCCCUUUCCCUUCUGAUUAAACCUAGCCCUCUGAAUUUCUCUCUGCGUAAAAAGUAGCAGCAAAGAUCCAAAGGAAUACCGCCGGACCAUCAACGCCUGAUCUUCGCAGGAAAGCAAUUGGAAGAUGGAAGAUGGUGGAACCUUGCCGAUUACAACAUCCGUAAGGAACCCACCCUCAAUCUGGCCCUCUGCCCUACACGCUCUAGAAGAUUAAGCAUAAGAAGAAGAAGAAGAAGAAGAAGAAGAAGAAAAAGGUGAAGCUCGCCGUCCUCCAGUUCUACAAGGUGGACGAUUCUGGGAAAGUCUGGAGGCUAAGGAAGGAGUGCCCCAGUGUCGAGUGUAGCGUCGGAACUUUUAGGGCCAACCACUUCGAUAGGCGCUACUAUGGUGGUAAGCAUCCGGUGAAGGUGAAAGCAACUUAAUUUCCUUCUUAUACUUAUCAAAGCAAGGUAUAUUGGUGUAUUGGUAGUAGAAACUUUGGGUAUUUUAUAGAGACAAUUAUGGUGUAGGAGUUUGGCCUUGAUUACCCAAAGGGAAGAAUACACAUGGAAAUGAAUUAUAAGCUGGCAUUUAGGGCUGCAGAGGCUGCUUUUAAGUUAUUAUGGAGGUUGGAGCUCCUUUAAAUACUUACACCAUCCUGGUAUGCAGGAAAAUGGACAUUAUCACUUCAAUCAUAUCAAAAAUUGGAGAAAUGUUGGUGGAGCCCACUGGAAGACAUCUUGGAUACUUAUUUCACUAUAAAGUCAACAUCAAGGCUCUUGAAGAUGAAAAUGUUAAGCUGAUGAACAAGAGAGCUGAUGUUCAAAAGUUGAUCGAUGCAGCAAAUAGAAAUUCAGAAGUCAUCGGAGAUGAAGUUAAUUGGUGGGUUUCAGAGGUGGACAAGAUCACAGAUGAGCUGGAGAAGUUCUUGAAAGAAGAUGCAACAGCAGACAAAAUGUGCUUCCAUGGAUGGUGCCCAAACUUGAAGUUGCGACAUUCUUUGGGUAGGAAAGCCAAGAAGCACGCAGAGGGUGUUCUGAAGCUCCAACAAGAAGGAAAGUUCGAUAGAAUAUCCUACCCUGCACCUCCAACCAGAAUGCACUUUUCUUCAUCAUCCAUGAAAGACUUCAACUCGAGAAAGAAAAUCUUAAAUCAAGUUAUGGAGGCUCUAAGAAAUGAGAAGGUGAGCAUGACUGCGAUAUGCGGGAUGGGCGGGAUCGGGAAAACAACCAUGGCCAAAGAAGUUGCUAAAAGAGCAAAAGAUGAGAAACUUUUUCGUGAGGUUGUUAUGGUAACGGUGUCCCAAAAUCCAAAUGUUGGUCGAAUCCAAGACACAAUUGCAGAUUUCUUGGGUUUGAAGUUUGAUCAGAAGAGCGACGACGAAGGAAGAGCAGAAAAAUUGCGUCAGAGAAUAUUGAAAGAGACAGAAAACAUCCUUCUUAUACUGGAUGACUUGUGGAAUAAACUUGAUUUGGAGGCUGUAGGUAUCCCCGAUGGAUGUAAAAUUCUAUUGGCAUCACGAAAUGAAGAUGUUUGCAAGCAAAUGAAAAGUCAAGAGAUUUUUCCCAUCAAAGUCUUAUCUGAAGACGAAGCUUGGAAUCUUUUCGAAGAGGUGGCAGGAAUUUCCAAUUGUACUCGUGAUCUACACAAGGUAGCAAAAAAGGUUGCAAAUGAAUGCAAAGGCUUACCUGUUGCGAUCGUCACUGUUGGAAGAGCGCUCGAAAAUAGAGACGAAAGUGAUUGGAAUGAUGCACUUCUCAAACUUGAAAAAUCAAUACCAGAUAGCAUGUUAAAAACGGAUAUAGAGGUCUAUUCCCGUAUCAAAUUGAGUUACGACCUUUUAAGAAGCGAAGAAGCCAAGUCAUGCUUUUUGCUGUGUUGUUUAUUCCCAGAAGACUAUGAUAUUGGUAUUGAAACUUUGGUUCGAUAUGGGAAAGGAUUAAGGUUGUUUCAAGAAACUCGGACAAUGGAACAGACAAGAAACAGAGUUCAUACUUUGGUUGGGUAUUUAAAAAGAUGUUUUCUACUGAUGGAUGGCAAUGAGAAAGAGUGCAUUAGAAUGCAUGAUAUUGUUCGUGAUGUGGCCAUAUCAAUCGCAUCAAGAAAGGAGCACGAUGGCUUCGUAGUUAAAUGUGAUAAUGAAAUGGAAGAGUGGCCAGAGAUAGAUUCAAGUGAAAUGGAACAUUGCACUGCAAUCUCACUUGUAUUUGAUAAGAGAAUCAAGAAGCAUCCUGAUAGUUUGGUGUGCCCCAAUCUCAAGCUUCUAAGUUUGUCCUCGACAAUUAAAAUAAAAUAUCACUUUAUGGUAAGAUAUGCUUGGCAGAAAUUGGAACUGAGUGAGAAUUUUUUCGAAGGGAUUAAAGAAAUCAAGGUUUUGGCUUUUCAAAGUAUUUACUUUCAAACGCUUCCAGCAUCAUUGCAAAUGCUACAAAACCUCCGGACCUUGCAUUUGGAGUAUUGUGAGUUAGGAGAUAUUUCAAGAAUUGGAGGAUUGGAAAUGCUAGAAAUCCUCAGCUUGAUUGGUUCUUGGAUCCAACAAGAGUUGCCAAAGGAGAUAGGAAAUCUUCAACAUCUAAAGGUGUUGGAUAUGACAAAAUGCAAAGGGCUUAAUAGAAUUCCACCUGGUGUACUCUCGAGAUUAACCACAUUGGAAGAGUUAAAGAUUUUCCCCUUCAGUAGUUGGAGUUCUCUGGAAGGAAAUGAAGAGAAAACCUCCGCAAGUCUUGAUGAGAUAACUCCUCUGCUUGAUCGAUAUUUGAAAGUUUUAAAUGUUUGGAUACCAGAAGUGGAGUUUAUUCCAAGAAACUUUAUUUUCAAUGAUUUGACAAGAUUUUCAAUUGGUGUGGGUAGAUAUGCUAGAGAUGAAAUCAAUGAUUUGUUUAGAAAGAAUUUGCAGCUAGACGAAGUUAGCACUGAUUCUAUAAAACAGAGUGGGAUUCAUCCAAUAGUCAAGAAAUGUGAAGCUUUGAGAUUAAGGAAGGUGCAUGAUUUGAAGAAUUUAUUUCCCCAUUUUGAUGAGGAGGAGCAAGAUGGUUUCCCGUGGUUGAGGAUUCUUAUAGUAGUCAACUGCAAUGAAAUGGAGUACGUGGUGAAAUUCACGUCAAAUAAUAAUCGGACUGAUCUUCAUGUUCCAAACAAAUUCCCUCUUUUGGAGGAAUUGUAUUUGAUGAAUCUUGAAGGAUUGAAGGGAAUAUUCCAUUAUAAUUCUGAUGAUUUACAACUUCCUCCUACUGAUCAUCAGUUUGUUAGAAAGGAGAGGAUUUCCACAGCAUCAUCUCUUCCAAGAGGAUUUCCACAGCUCCAGAGUUUGUAUGUAGGAAACUGCCCAACAUUAGAAGAAAUCGUUUCCGUAUGGAACCGCAAAACUGAUGAUCCUAUUAAUACAUCUACAUCCGAUGAUAUGAUUCUCUUCCCCAAAUUAACUGAGUUAACUCUGUGGUGGCUACCGAGUCUAAUCAGUUUGUGCAGAGCCAUAGAUGAUGAGGGAAGUACAGGGCCACCUAAGGAUGCUGAUGGAGUAGAAAGCAACAUGGAUAAUAUGAAUACUCCUACUAACAUACUUGUUCCCUUCAAAUGUAUAAAGUGGUUACCAAGUCUAGAAAAGUUAGAGGUGAACGACUGUGAUUCAAUAAAAGUACUUUUUGGUUUUCAUGGAAAUGAUUCACCACAGCUUGAUCCAAUCAACAGUAAUAUUACCAAUAAUAUUAAUGUUGAUCAACCAAAUGAUUCGGAAAAUCUUUCUCAUAAGAAGUGCUGCCUAAUUGGGUGUCUACCAUGUGGUAAUAUAGCUGGCAAACCCAACAUGAUACAAAAUUCUCAAGAAAUCAUCGAUACUUCCCACUUGACAAAGGAUGUUAAUCAGGAUCGUCAGCUGGACAAUCACAAAGAAGAGUGGCUGAUGAACUUGAAAGAUUUAGAUGUGAUUUGGUGUAAUUCGUUGGAGGUGGUAUUCGACUAUGGGGAAGGCCCAUUAGCUCCAGCCCUCAAUAAGUUGGAAAGUUUGGAAUUACGUGGGCUAUACAAGCUGAUGCACAUAUGGAAGAAGGGUCCACAACAGGUCAAAACUGUUGGCUUCCAAAAUCUGAAAACUCUAUCAUUACAUUUUUGUCCAAGUUUGAGAUAUUUAUUCACUGCUUCCAUUGCCAAACUCCUCGUGAUGCUAAAAGGUCUCAAAGUUACUUACUGUAAAUCAAUGGAAGAGGUCGUUGCAAAAACAGAAGAGGAGAUCAAUAAUGUUAAUGCGGAAUUUUAUGUGGUUUCAUUUCCCAAUCUGGUUUCCAUUGAAUUAAAUUCUCUGAAUAAUCUCUACUAUUUAUGUCAACAUCCUUAUGCCUUUGAAUUCCCAUCCCUAGAAACUCUACAAAUAAAAAAGUGUCCUAAGUUGCAGACAUUUGUUACCGCAAAUAAAACUCCGAAGAUACCUAAGCUUAAGGUUGUAAAGCUUAAUGGCAAAGACAUGGUGAUUUUGGAACAAGACCUUAAUGGCAUCAUACGACGCCAGUUUGAAAAACCAGACCAUAUAGAAGAAGAAUAAGAAGAAGAUCCAGAGAGCACAGAAAACGAAGAAGAAAGUCUAGAGAGCACAGAAGAAAAAGAAGAAGAACAAGAACAAGAACAAGUUGAAGAAGAAGAAAAAGAAACAGAUAUGCAAAUAAAAAAUUAUGUAUAGUAGAAGAAGAAAAACCAGAGAUGGAAAUAAAAAAACUUUGCAUGGUAGUAGAACAUAUGCAGUUGGUAUUCACAGUGUGGCAGUGCUAUACCCUUCUUGUAUAUUCUUGAAUAUAUAGAAAGCCUUUACAGAGAAAUAUUUAUUGUCCAUUAAUUCGUCUGUUUUGUUAACAUUGCACUCAACGAACCAAAAAAUUUCUUCAUGGGGUAGGUGCAUAUGCAUGCCCUGUGGCUGUAUCAUUUUAUGCCCUUGCAAUGAAGCAUGGGUAUGUUAUUGGUCUAGCCAGUGGUAAGAAGUUGGUUGUUGCACUUUAUUAUCAUUGUACUAAACUGGUGCAACUGUUACAACAUAUAGGCAAAAGAUUAUAAAUUACUUGAUUCUCUACCUUUAGA